UGACCACAUGUGGCCGACAGAUGCGGAUGUAAACACUGAACUAGAAUAACUUUUCUUUCUAAUCUCUUUCUGACACUUGGUUUAUUGACUUUUUAUACGUUGUGUAUAAAUACAUGACCGCCUGUUAGAUAUUUUUGUUUUUUGUAAUCGUACCGAAGGACCCAUAAGGUGCUUCUCAGAGAUGUCCUCCAACACCUCGUCUGUCCUCCUAAACACUGGGGUCCAGAUGCCCCUCCUGGGUUUAGGAAUGUACAAGUUGUGCGGGUCUGAGGAUGUCUUCCAGGCAGUAGAUGCUGCCCUGGCUGAAGGCUAUCGGGCCUUUGACAGUGCAGCUGUUUAUGGGAAUGAAGCUGAUCUGGGCCAAGCUCUGAAGAAGCUACUGCCUAAAUAUGGCUUGACCAGGGCAGAUGUUUUCAUAACCAGCAAACUGGGCCCUAAGGAUCAAGGUGUGAAGGCCAUGGAUGGAGCUCUCCACAGUCUGUCUCAGCUGGAUCUGGAUUACAUCGACCUCUACCUGAUCCACUGGCCUGGCACACAGGGGCAGGAUGUGGCUGACCAACGCAACCCAGGCAACCGAGCUCAGAGUUGGUCCGCUCUGGAGGAGCUGCAUGCCCAGGGGAAGCUGAAAGCCAUCGGAGUGUCAAACUACACACCAGCUCACAUGAGAGAACUGAUACAGAACUGCAACGUUCGACCUGCCCUGCUGCAGGUGGAGUUUCACCCACAGCUGUGCCAGGCUGAGCUGAAGGCUCUGUGUAAGGAGUUUGGCAUCUGUUUCCAAGCCUACACGUCCUUGGGGAGAGGAAAGCUGGUCACCGACCCUGUGGUCAUAGAGGUGGCGAAGAACUGUAACCGAACACCUGCACAGGUGCUGUUGCGAUGGGCGGUGCAGCAGGGCGUUUCGGUGCUGCCCAAGUCGGUGAAUCCAGACAGGAUAAAGGAGAACGCUGCCAUUUUUGAUUUCACGCUAACAGAUGAAGACAUGGACAGACUGUCGGCUUUGGACUGUGGCCACAGGUACUGCUGGGAUCCUUCACAGGUGGUCUGACACUCCAACAGUGGCCCAAACAUUUACAUCCAUGUUGCCUUUUCACAUGUACAUUACAUGUCAUGACAUAUUUGUUCCAGUUAUACUCAGUCUAUAAGGUUGUUCAGGUUCUCAGCACACCUGGAUUGAUAUAAAUGGUCAUAUAGAAACUAUGAACAAUCCAGCCUCCAUACCUUAAUGUUGCCAUGUUUGACAGGUUUGUAAACACUAUAAAAGCUGUAUAAUGUUCUUUUCUGCUGCUCAUUUAAGUCUCUAUGCCAUCAUGUCCUUAUCAGGGUUCUAAUAGUUUAACAUUGAAACUGAAUCUCGUAGUGAAAAAAGUGAAAUUAAACAUAAAUGGCAUUGAACACAGCAACAUAUAAUGGAAUGAAGUAGAGCUGCAGAUACAACAUCGUCAAGAACUAAAUUUCUUUGAAAAAUAUGAGACUUGGAAUAAAAAAUGGUUUGUGAA